CCCAAAGCUCUGACGCUGCUCCCCCAUGACGACACUCCUGUCCCUGCCCCACCAGCUGCUGCCACCAGAUAACGCCCGGCUGAGGACACGGAGCCACGCGGGCAGCACGUCCCAGUGCCCGCCUGGGGGACGGGGUGAGAGAGCAGAGACACGUCCCUGCUCGAGGAGAGCAGAGACACAUCCCUGCUUCCAGCUGGGAUCACUCUGCUGCUGAGCUGUCCUUCUGGGAGCCGCGUGCUGCUCCGGGCAUCUCCACGGGUGUUGGAGCAGAGCAAGGGAAGUGUCGGAGAAGGAUAUUUUUAGAUGCUCUUUGUGCUCAGAGAGCAAAAGCAGGCUGUGGUUUAACGGCCAUUAGCUAAUUUGGAAAGCUGGAGCAGGGCUGAGGAUUCAGGGACACGUUUGACACGAUGGGAUGGAGCAGUUUUGCGGACGUGAGGAGGAUUUUUGGGCUGAGCAUCGAAGCGAAGAUCCCAAGAGGAGCCUGGACCUGGGCACUCCAGCCCGUUUAGCUGCCACGUGGACAGGCAGCGGGGCCAGGGCGGCUGAUCUCCCAAAAGGACAUGGUCACCUUGUUUGUGGGGUGACAUUUGCUCCAAUGGCUGCAGAAGAGGUGUGGGAAAAGAGCGGACAAGAGAUCCGCAUGUCAGACCAUCACCACCCCAGCGAUGGGGAGUCAGACCCCCAGCACGGCAUUACUGUGGUCUUCCUCCUUGUCCUUGUCUUCUUCAUCAUGGGGCUGGUGGGGUUCCUGAUCUGCCAUGUCCUGAAGAAGAAGGGUUACCGGUGCCGGACCUUCCGGGACGAGCUUGACCCAGAUGACAAAGACGGGGUGGAGGAGCUCCAGGAUGAUGAGGCCGAGAAGAACGAUGACACCGUGGAGAAGAUCGUGAAGAUCAUCAUCCAAAACGAAGCAAAUGUGGAGGCUCUCAAGGAGAUGUUGGGGGAAAAUGAAGAGAUGCCAGUGCCAGUGCCCAGCCUCUGUCCCCACAGCAGCAGCCAGGAUGGGGGCCCACCACAUCACCACACGGUGCACCUGGGCUCCACGCAGGCGCCCUGCAUCCACUGCAGCAGGAGGAGGAGGCACCCGCUGCAGCGCCAGGGGCGGUCCAAGGAGGGCAAAAGCAGGAUGUAUCCCGGAGAGACCACCGUCUUCUCAGUGGGCAGGUUCCGUGUCACACACAUCGGGAAGAAGCCGCCCGUGCAGGAGCAGCAGGACGGUGCCCUGCCCGCCGGCAGCCGGCAGCCGAGCACGGAGGAGCUGGAGCGCAGCAGCGAGAUGCUCCAGCGGGAACGGGCUCUCAACGGGACUGUCCCCACGGGUGGCCUGCAGAACGGAGCCAUCCAGACGGGCACCCAGAGUGGCAGAAGCGCGGAGCAAAGCGUGUCCGCCAGCCCAGCCGCGAACACACCAGCCAGCUCCGGCACCCGUGACAGCCGGCGGGCGGGCGCGGGGCCCGGCACGGCGGGGUCCGGCCCGGUGGGGCCGGGCACGGCGGGGGCCGGCCCGGUGGGGUCCCUGCAGGAUGCUGGCUCUGCUCCCGGGAGCUCGAGCCGCCAGCGAAGGCUCAUGAGCAUGCCGGCGCUGGGAGCGUCGAGUCCCAGCAUCCCAGGAGAGCUGGCGAGGGAAGGAGCCGGCAUCUGCCUGGAGGAGAUCGGACUGGCGUCGGCAGAUGAAGUGUCGGAUAUUCACGGGAGCCUGAGUCUGCAGGAACAGGCCGAUGAGUUGGGGAGAGACGACAGCAGCAGGAAAGAGGCCGGAGGGGAGGACAGGAAGCAGCAGGAGCCCAGCGCCGCGGAGCAGGACCGUGUGUGACCUCCUCUCCGCUCCCGGCUGGAGCGUGCACGGGAGGCGCGCAGCCCCUGGACCCCUCGGGGCUGGGGGCUCUGCCGUGGGGCAGCCGCGGGGCAGCCGUGCCCGGCCCCGGGUGGGCAGCUACGCGCUUGGCAUGGCCGGAGCGACGCGCCGGCGUCACCGACAACCGCGCUCGGCGCCAGCCUUCAUCCCAUUGGCAAUAGGUACCCGAGUCCCACCCACCGCACCCCCCCCCGGAGACCCCCCCGAGGGACCCUCGGGCCCGGCAGGGGCAGGACCGCACCCAGAGCCCGCCGCCCCCGCGGCCCCCCAGCUCCGGGGGAAGGAUCAGAGGGGACCGCGGCGAGGGGCAGGGAUGGAGGCAGCGGCUUGAGCCCCCCCCCCGGGGCGGUGGGGAGCACCCCCCACCCACCCGGCACGUUCAGCACAGAGCACAGCCCCCCCCGGGCACCCCUGCCACGCAGAGCGGGCACAGGCACAAAUCCUGCACCGGCAGGUCCCUGGGAGAUGCUGGCGGAGAGAGGAGCUCCCAGCCCCAUCCCGGCACGGGAGGGGCCGGAGCCGGGCCCCGGGGGCAGGAUGGCCCCGGGCCAGGCCAGCGGGCAGCCCCAGGGCCCGCGCGAGCUUCGGUGUGUAACGCCCUGUACAUAGACGAGCUACAACCAUUAAAGCUGCUGAACCCCUC